UCCAGUUAGUAUUUUUCUGUGUCUCUCACUGUUCGGUUGUGUUAUUUAUUAUUUUGUGGUUUUUGUGUGAUUUCUGUGUUAUUUGUGUUUAUUAUCUCAUGUAGAUAGGUGCAUAAACCAGCAAAAUGCCGGUCUUUCACACGAAGAUCAUUGAGAGUAUAUUGGAGCCUGUAGCUCAACAGGUAUCCCGACUGGUGAUCUUGCACGAAGAAGCGGAAGAUGGCAACGCUAUGCCGGAUCUGGCGCGGCCGGUGCAGGCCGUGUCGCUGGCAGUCAACAACCUGGUCAAAGUCGGUCACGAAACGAUCGAGUCGUCAGACGACGCGAUCCUGCGACAGGACAUGCCCGGCGCCUUACACCGCGUGGAGACGGCGGCGACUCUGCUACAGCAGGCAUCUGAUAUGCUCCGAGCUGAUCCAUACUCCGGUCCGGCGAGAAAAAAGCUGAUAGAAGGUUCCAGAGGCAUCCUACAAGGAACUUCAGCGUUGCUUCUCUGCUUCGACGAGUCUGAAGUCAGAAAGAUCGUCAAAGAAUGUAAAAAGGUUCUAGACUACCUCGGCGUGGCGGAGGUCAUCGACACCAUGGAGGACCUGGUGCAGUUCCUCCGGGACAUCUCGCCCGCGCUGUCCAGGGCCGCCAGGGAGGUGGCAUCAAGAGCGGCAGAACUGACGCAUCCUCCCCACGCGGAGACCCUGACUCGCUGCCUCGAGAGCGUCAAGCAGCUGGCGCCCGUUCUCAUCUGCUCUAUGAAGAUCUAUAUCCACAUUCUUACAGAAGGUGGCAAAGGUAUCGAGGAAGCUGCUGAAAACAGAAACUAUUUAGCGCAAAAGAUGGCCGACGAAAUACAUGAAAUUAUUCGAGUUUUACAAUUGACAUCAUACGUAGAAGACGGCGGCGAAAAAGACAAUAUAGCGGUGCUAAAGGCUUUGCAAACACAAAUACAUUCUAAGAUUGGAGCUGCGCAUGAGUUCUUAAAUGACCCCGACGCGCUACGCAAUAGUUCGGGCGAGCGUGCUCUGCGCACCGUUCUGACGUCAGCGCAGCGCGCCGCUGAACACCUUGCGCCCACGCAUUCGGAUGCCGUCCGCAAGCUGGCCAGAUCUGGUGGUAUCAACGCGGAUCAACUCUGUGACGAAAGACAAUAUGGCCACGGAAGAGAGGCGAAGGCCUUGAAUCUAGCCUCGGACCUACGUAAGCAGCUGAAUGAAGUCGACGCGGUCGUGAACGAAGGCGUUCGCGCCGCCGAGAAGCAAGGCGGACGGACCAUGCAGGCCAGGCUGGAGACGGCGCACAAGUGGCUGCUGCACCCGGCGGCUGAUCCCGCGACCCGCGUGGAGGGACAGAAGGCCAUCAACAGCAUCGUGUCGCAGGGCCAGCGGAUCGCCGACGGACUACAAGGGCGCGAGAAGGCAGAGAUUCUACAGCUGUGUUCGGAAGUGCAGCGACUAUCCGACCGCCUGGCCGACCUGUGUAUGAGCGGUCGUGGGGACUCCGAGGAAGCCCGGGCUAUUACCAGAGAGCUGACGGACAAACUUCACGAGCUAAGGCGUGGCAUGGAACGAGCUGUGGUCAACCGAGUAGUAGAAGACUUCAUCGACGUAGCUGCGCCAUUGAGGCACUUCUCUGACGCAGUUAACGCGCCCGAAGGUACCCCAGGUCGCGAAGCCAACUUCCACGACAAGGCAGCGGCAUUACAAGCGUUCAGCCAGCGCGCCGCCGCCGCCGCCGCCAUGGUGGCCGCCGGCGACCACAGCAAGCGGCUCGCCGACCAGCUGCAGCACAGCGCGCGCCAGGUAGAGAAGUUAUCUCCUCAACUGAUUGCCGCUGGGAAAAUUCGCCUCCUGUACCCUGACAGCAAGGUGGCCGAGGAGCACUUCAACAACCUCAAAGGGCAAUACGCGGAAGCUGUGCUGCGCGUGCGCGAUCUUUGUGACCAGGCCGUCGACCCCUUGGACUUCGUGCGCACCGCCGGCGAGCUGAUGCAGAAGCACACCUACCUGUGCGAGGACGCCAUCCGCAACAACGACUCGCAGAAGAUGGUCGACAACACCUCCGCCAUCGCGAGGCUAGCAAACCGCGUGCUGCUCGUAGGCGGAACGGAACGCGACAACACAGAAGACUCUGAAUUCGCGCGAGCACUCUUCACAAAUAACAACAUUUCUAGAAAGCUAGCAAACCGCGUGCUGCUCGUAGGCGGGACCGAGCGCGAUAACACAGAAGACUCGGAAUUCGCGCGAGCGCUGUCCACGGCGCACGCUCGCCUGCAGGCCGCCAUCCCGCCCGCCGUGCACCGCGCCAAGGCCGUCGCGCUCGGGGACAAGACGCAGGCGCCGCAAUGGCGCGCUGCUAACGCACAGAUAAUAAACGCAGCGGGCGAAGUAGAAUCAGCUUUAGGCCGCCACUACGCGCCGCCGCCGCCGCCGCCGGCGUUACCCGUCGCCUUGCAACAACUACACGUGACCGCGCCGCCGCGCCCGCCGCCGCCGACCGCCGCCGCGCCGCCGCCGCGACCGCCGCCGCCGGAUACUGAUGAUGAAGGAGAGGAUAUAUUCAGCAGGCAGCCGCAUCCUAGCCAGCCUAUACUGGUGGCGGCCCAUAACUUACACAAGGCAGUGCGCGAAUGGUCGUCCAAAGACAACGAGAUCAUCGCAGCCGCCAAGCGCAUGGCCAUCCUCAUGGCUCGUCUGUCAGAGCUGGUCCGCUCCGACUCUAAAGGUAGCAAGCGUGAGCUGAUUGCCACGGCCAAGGCGAUCGCCGAGGCUUCCGAGGAGGUCACCCGCCUCGCCAAGAAGCUGGCCCUCGAGUGCACCGACAAGAGGAUUCGGACGAACCUGCUGCAAGUAUGCGAGAGGAUCCCGACCAUCGGCACGCAGCUCAAGAUCCUAUCCACCGUCAAAGCCACCAUGCUGGGAGCGCAAGGUAGCGAAGAGGACCAGGAGGCGACGGAAAUGCUCGUCGGGAACGCACAGAACUUGAUGCAGAGCGUGAAAGAGACAGUGAAAGCUGCCGAAGGUGCGUCCAUCAAGAUACGAACGGAGCAGGGCGGCUACCGUCUGCGAUGGGUGCGUCGCUCGCCCUGGUACCAGGUCUGAGGACACCAUGCAACCACCAACAUCACUGCAGCAGUGGUACCAGGUCUAAGGACACCAUGCAACCACCAUCAACACUGCAGCAGUGGUACCAGGUCUGAGGACACCAUGCAACCACCAACAUCACUGCAGCAGUGGUACCAGGUCUGAGGACACCAUGCAACCACCAUCAUCACUGCAGCAGUGGUACCAGGCCUGAGGACACCAUGCAACCACCAUCAACAUUGCAGCAGUGGUACCAGGUCUGAGGACACCAUGCAACCACCAUCAUCACUGCAGCAGUGGUACCAGGUCUGAGGACACCAUGCAACCACCAUCAUCACUGCAGCAGUGGUACCAGGUCUGAGGACACCAUGCAACCACCAUCAUCACUGCAGCAGUGGUACCAGGUCUGAGUACACCAUGCAACCACCAUCAUCACUGCAGCAGUGGUACCAGGUCUGAGUACACCAUGCAACCACCAUCAUCACUGCAGCAGUGGUACCAGGUCUGAGUACACCAUGCAACCACCAUCAUCACUGCAGCAGUGGUACCAGGUCUGAGUACACCAUGCAACCACCAUCAUCACUGCAGCAGUGGUACCAGGUCUGAAGACACCACCCAACCACCGUCAUCACUGCAGCAGUGGUACCAGGUCUGAGGACACCAUGCAACCACCAUCAUCACUGCAGCAGUGGUACCAGGUCUGAGGACACCACGCAACCACAGUCAUCACUGCAGAAAAGCCACGCCACGCGACCACCACCGAGAAAAUUUAGCAGCAGCCCGAACUUGCAGGACUGAUGCUAAAUUGCCUCCCUGGUGCCACGCUGAGCACUCGAGUAGCAGGCCUUCAGGAACAGUACUUGACCGCCACUGACCGAUAUACAUCAACGACCUUGCACAGCAGAUCAGGGUCCCGAUUGCGCUAAAAAUUUUCAACUGUAACGCUACUGGACUAAGAGCAAACAUCAGCUGUUUUGAGAAAUCCGUAUCGCGGUGUCGUUUUGACAGCUAGUUCAAAUGAGACUGUAAUGUAAACGGAACGCAUCUGCGCCUCUGAGUUGAUGAUGACAGAUGCAGACAGCUGCUUUUUCUCACACGCAAGUCAAACGCUUCACGAACUUUUGCUGUGUUUUAAUAUCUUAGUUUCAAAAAUAAGGUGUUCGGACUUUUAAUGGAAAGUGCAUAAAUCUGUUGUUUCGUCUAUGUUAGCGCGUUAACUUUACCGUGAUUCCAAUUGCACUUCAGCUGGAAUGAAAAUGGAGUGUAGACUGGAGAUGAAACGCGAAUGAAUUGGAGACAUUACAAAUUAGCGCAAUCGGGGCCUAGUACUUGACCGCCACUGACCGAUAUACAUGCAGCAACAGCACAGCAGAUCAGUACACGCGAAGCUUCUGUUGUGAUCACAGACCCUAUUCAAUGAGGGCUAUCGUUUUAGCGCUCACCAGUUAGCGCCACUGUAGAGUAAGGUCCUGUCACUUGCUAGUAGCGAAGACAGUGGCACCAACUGGUGAGCGCGAAAGUGGUAGGAGUACUAUCGCAUUUGCACUCAUCAA